AGGCGAACCCGUGUCAGCCUUUUUACUUCCACACGGCGCGAUGAAUCUCGGCUUUGUCGUCGCCCUUCUGGGGCUUGUAGCGUGCGGAUCGUGUAAACCUGUGGGACACAACUUCACUCUGCCUCUCUGCGACUCUCCAGAGGCCGAAGCCGCCGCUCAGGAGGCUCUGAAUUUCAUCAACGCGCAGCACACUCAUGGCUACAAGUACACUUUAAACCAAAUCGAGGACAUCAAGGUUAUUAAUAAGGUUGACGGAACGCAUAUAUAUCUCUUGGAGCUGGAGUUCCUCGAGACUAAGUGCCACGUCUACGACCCGAAAUCUGUGCCUGAUUGCGAGGUCAGACCCAAAAUCGAAACGGCGGUUGAAGCGGACUGCGACAUAGCUCUCUCCGAAGCUGACGGACAGUUUUCUGUCGUAGCAUUCAAGUGCAAGACGGAAUUAGAAUCAUUUAGCCCUUGUGUAGGCUGCAGUGUUCUGCAGCCGCUGAACCACACAAGUGGCUCUCAGCUGGUAGAAGCCUCACUGGGGCAAUUCAACAAUAAACACACCCUCAACGCUGCUUUUACUGUCCUCGACAUCGGACGGCUGUCUUCUCAGGUGGUGUCUGGUGGGGCUCUUAUCAGAGCCGAAUACGCAAUUAUCGAAACCAAUUGCACAAAUGUGGAUGAUGGUAACUGUGUUCCUCUUGCCCAAGCUGAUGCUCGCCACGGGUUCUGUCAUUCUGAAGGCCGUGAACCUGAAGUGAAAGUCGACUGUGAAAUCUUCCCAACCAACAAUGCUACACAUAUUGUUCUCCCAGCUGAGCCAAAUCCGUCCAUCAGCCAUGGCUUCAAGAACCACAGAGUUACAGCCCUGCAUGAUCCUAAUGCUACCGGCCUCUUAUCUGCAGAAAGCACCGAAUCAGCCGAGAAAGCACCGAUCGUCAAAAGAUCAGCAGCAGAUCCUCAACCGAAUGGGCUAUUAUCUGCUGAACCAGUAGUUCUGGUUCCGAGAUGCCCAGGAAAACUCAAGCACUUUUAAUUCCGCUGUUCAACUCAAUGUUCCCUUGAUAUAUGUUGAUUUUUCCAGCUUGUUGUUCUUUGUGGAAACAUUGGACCCGUGUGUUCAGCACUGCUGUCCUUCAAACAAGAGCAGCUCCUGUUUCAAAUGACUUGUAGGCUGUUUUGAUCUGUAUCAUUUUAGUGUAAUAAAAUGGUCACCAUA